AUGACUAAGCUCGCGCUCCUCGUUCGAGCAACUGCACUACUCCUUUGCUUCCUCAUCUCCCAAAUAGCGUCCACUUCCAAUGGUCAAGCGAGUGUAUCAGAGGCAUGCCUUAGCAGUGAGCGAGAUGCGCUCCUGUCCUUCAAGGCAAGCAUCUUUGACCCGGCUGGUCGUCUCUCGUCAUGGCGCCACGGCGACAACUGUUGUCAAUGGAAGGGAGUUCGGUGCAGCAACCGAACUGGCCAUGUAAUCAAGCUCAACCUCCGCAACAUCGACAUGGAUGCUGACGGCUUUCCGAUCCUAAACAGAUCAUUGAGCUUGUCAGCAGGAGAGAUGAGCUCCUCUUUGGCUACUUUGCAACACCUGAGAUAUCUUGAUCUGAGCUAUAAUGACUUCAACGCCACAAGCAUACCUCUUUUCCUGGGUUCCCUCGACAACUUAAGGUAUCUCAACCUCUCGUGGGCAUUUUUCUGCGGGACAAUACCUUCUCAACUAGGCAAUCUCUCCAAAUUGCAAUAUCUCGAUGUCAGUUGUAAUUAUAAUUGUCUUCAAGCAGUGGAUCUUGCAUGGUUGCCACGCCUCUCUUUGUUGAGUCAUCUUGACAUGAGCUUUGUGGAUCUUAGUUUUGUGAGGGAUUGGGUUCACACGGUUAACAUGCUCCCUUCUCUUAAAGUGCUUUGCUUGCACGAAUGUGGCCUUAAUAGUACUGUGCCUGCUAGUAAUUUACAUUCCAACUCCAACCUCUCGCACCUUGAGGUCCUUGUUAUGUCUGAGAACAACUUCUAUGCAUCACUCAAGCACAACUGGUUCUGGAAUCUUACAAGCCUCAAGGAGCUCUACCUCUCAUUUUGUGGCUGGAAUGGGUCCGUUCCCAAUGAACUGGGAAACAUGAUGUCGCUUCAGGUCAUAGACUUGAAGUGGAACAAUCUUGAGGGUUUGCUACCAAGAAAUUUAGAAAAUCUGUGUGAUUUGAAAGUGUUGGUAUUUGAUUUUAACAACAUUAACACUAGCAUGUCUGAGUUCAUGGAUCGAUUGCCAAGGUGCUCAUGGAAUACAUUGCAAGAGUUGUCAGUACAGUAUACAAAUAUGACCGGAAAUCUACCCGUUUGGAUUGGGAACAUGUCCAAUCUCAGUGUUCUUGAAGCAUCUGGAAAUAUGAUGACUGGCCCUCUACCUGUAGGAGUAGGAGAACUUGGUAAUUUGAAAGAAUUGGACCUAGGAUACAAUAACUUCGACGGUGUGCUCCUGAAAGAUCAUUUCACAAGUUUAGGUAAUUUAGAGAGUUUGUACCUCAACAACAAUAACUUCAGCGGUGUGCUCUUCAAGGGGCAUUUUGCAAGUUUAGGCAAUUUGAAGUUUUUGGACCUCAGCUACAACAACUUCAGUGGUGUGGUCUUGAAAAGGCAUUCUACAAGUUUGGGCAACUUAAAGUAUUUGGACCUCAGCUAUAAUAAAUUAAACAGUGUGCUCACAGAGGAAGAUUUUGCAGGACUAUUGAAUUUAGAGUAUCUAGACUUGUCAUACAACUCUUUGAAAUUAGCUAUCAACCAAAAAUGGGUUCCUCCAUUUAGAUUGAAGGUCGCAGGUUUUCGUUCAUGCCAUCUUGGACCUCAUUUUCCAGAGUGGCUCAAAUGGCAGACUGGCAUUGAUGUUCUUGUUCUUGGAAAUUCAAACCUGGAUGAUGUUAUUCCUGAUUGGUUCUGGUUGACAUUUUCCCGAGCUUCGUUCUUGCAUGCAUCGGGAAACAAGUUGCAUGGCUCAUUACCGGAAAAUUUACAACACAUGGCAGCUGACCAUAUAUAUCUCGGGUCGAACAACCUUACAGGUCAAGUCCCUUUGCUCCCAAUAAAUAUAGUCCGCUUGAACCUAUCAUCAAACUCUUUCUCAGGGGCAUUGUCUUCAGACCUGAAAGCUCCAUUUCUAGAAGAGUUGUUGCUUGCAAAUAAUCAGAUUGGAGGCAUGAUACCAUCAUCUUUAUGCCGAUUGGCUACUCUGAAACGGUUGGAUCUAUCAGGAAACAAGUUCACAGGAGAUGUUAUGCAAUGCUUCAAGGAGUUUGGUGCAAACUCUGAAAAUCAGUUUGGCUCCCAAAUGCUCAGUCUAGCCUUGAAUAACAAUGAUCUCUCCGGUGAAUUCCCCAAAAUUCUUCAAAGUGCAUCACAAUUAAAAUUCCUCGAUCUUUCAUACAAUAGUUUCUCUGGAGGAUUACCAAUGUGGUUACCCAAGAAAAUGCCCCUGCUGCAAAUCUUGAGGUUGAGAUCAAAUAUGUUCAGUGGCCAUAUUCCAGGCAAUCUCACUUCCCUUGCCCGUCUUCAUUAUUUGGACAUAUCAGGCAACAAUAUAUCAGGAAGCAUACCAUGGUCACUCUCAAACUUGAAGGCAAUGAAGACCAUAAUAUCCAAGGACACUACAGAGGAUUACAACUUUGAAGAGAGCAUUCCAGUAAUCACAAAAGACCAAAAGCGUGACUAUAGCUUCCAAAUCUACAAGCUAUUGGUGAAACUUGAUUUGUCCAGUAACAGUUUAACAGGACAAAUCCCAAAGGAGAUAAGUUUACUGAUUGCCCUCACGAAUUUGAAUAUAUCAAGCAAUCAGUUGACAGGAACAAUCCCAAAUCAGAUCGGUGAUUUAAAGCAUUUGGAAUCCCUGGACCUAUCAUACAACAUAUUUUCUGGUGCAAUCCCAUCAGGUUUGUCGGCACUAACUUCUUUGAGCCACUUGAACUUGUCAUACAACAAUCUAUCAGGUACAAUACCAUCCGGACCGCAGCUACAAACUCUUGACAACCCAGAAACGAAUUACAACUCGAAUAGUCACGUGAUUAACAUGCAUGCACAGAACCUACGCCAAGUCCUUUCUUCCUGCAUCAUACGCCCAACCUGCAUCAACCCGCGUCAGUGA